AUGUUCGCAAGUUACUUCGCUGCCCUCUCGGAGGCCAUCUUCCUAAAAUACUGGGAUUACAAAAGACGAGAGGUUAGUAACAACGACGAUAGCGAGUACCGAGUGUUGAUUAGUGGAAAGGUGAAAUAUGUCACCAUUUCACCACGCACCUACGAUAGAGACACUCUUUCCACCCCUAUAGAGGCACUGCCUGACUUACCAAAGACCCAAGAAUGGGACAUUCCCAAAAUUGCCCGAUUUGAAUGGGAAAUGCCACGCAUUGUGCGGGAGGCAGUAGCGUACCAGCUACUAGCAGGGAGUGGUUUAGCUCCACGAUUUCUCAGCCAUUUCCAUGAGCACGGACAAAUUGGGCUCCUGGCGGAGAAGACUGAGGGGCACGAAGCAUCGAUUGAUGACCUCCCUGUUUGCAAGGAUGCUGUUCAGCAAUUUCAUAAGCUUGGUCUGUUGUAUGGAGAUGUCAAUAAGUUCAAUUUCAUUGGUCAUAAUGGGACUGUAAAGUUGAUCGAUUUCGAAAAUAGUUGGGCACAUCUGAAUGACUGCUCGGCUAUGCAGUCCAAACUAUACUCCUUGGAGAGCCAACUGCUGGAGAAGACAGGACGCGGUGGGGGGUUCAUGCCGAUGUAA